AUGGCCACAUUUACUACAAGUAACUCUUGUAGAUUAACUACAUGCCAGGUUGUACUUGAGGGUGAUGGUAAUGGAGAUUUAUUGAGCCCUGGGUAUAAUGCUUCAGAACUGGUGAAGAAAGAACGCAAGCCAAACUCUUCUUUUGGAUCCAGUUCCUUCAUCAGAAUCACAUUUGUAGAUCAAUGUUCAUCUAAAAAACCGAAGGGUCGGAAUGACACGUUGAUUUCAGGAGGGUUGGGCGAUAUUGCUUACUUGCAGGGCACUAAUGACCUAUUAUUUGGGGAUUUAGUUAGCCUUGUCUUUGAAGACCCCACAUGUCAUAACAAACUAUCUGUUGUUUGGAUUAGCGUUUUCGGCGAGUACCAUUUCAACCAAGUCACAAUUGAUUCCAGAUCUCGCUUCUUCCCUGCCUGUCAAAAUCUAUCGCCCGAUUCAAAAGCCAGCAAUGUUCGAAAAGCUUUAGCAGUUACAUCUUUGAGAGCUUUUAAUUCAUUGUCGGUCAAUUGCCUGACGAGAGUGAUGACCUCGAUGCAUGCAAGCACAAAAAGUUUGCAUAACUGGGAUGAAACGAAUGCAGGGGAGUUAGCUUCGAAUAUGCAUUUGAUUGAUACAAAGACUCCAUCAGAAGUUGGAUCACGGCUGCUUCAACUCGGGUAUCUUCAAAACUAUUACAUCAAUAGUAUUGAUGUCGAUGUUGUGUAUUCCAGUAAGGACUCUUUGUUAGAAUUGAAUGAUAAAGUCGUCUCUCAACUAGGAGAUCAGGUUCACUAUAUGUGGAAUCCUUCAUCAGAAUAUUACCUUGAGCAUAUGUCGCAUGUAUACGUACCGCCGAUUGACAGCCAUGCUAAAACAGGCACCAUCAGCUCAGAGAUAAAACAGCUUCUACACACUCAGUCAUGUAUCACGAAAAGUUUAGUGAAUCUUCUACAGGACUUUAUUAUUCCUCUACGAGCUCGCAUAGUUGACAGAGGUUUCAAGAGCAUAACGUUAAAAAAAGUCAACACAGUGUUCCCACCUACGCUGGAUGAAGUUGCCCGAGCUUGUCGCAUAUGGUUAGAAGCCUUGCAAGAGGCUGCUCCGUUUGGGCCCCUAGAAAUACUUAAAGCAUGUGCGCAAGUGAUUCCAUAUUUCUAUAAAGCUUUGACUAGGCACAAAGCUGCGUGCAGAAACCUGAAUUAUAAUCUCUACACAUUCUUUAGGAAACUUGAGGAGGAGCACUUUGAGGUGCCCAAAAAAUACUGCAACCUCGACAAGUUGAUCCCUCUUAUACAAAUUUGGUGCAAGACGGCUUUAAUGAAGCUCCCUGUUACUCGGUUAUAUGAGCACUGCGUUCAGUCUUCGGUACAAUCUAACAUUCAACUUGGCGAUAAAUAUUAUCAUUUUGUGCUUCGAACAAUAGAAUCAGCCUUAGCUUUUCAGUGUAAAAAUGAUUCAAUGAGAGUCUCAUUAAAUGACAGAAUUACAAACUGGUCAAAUGACCUUCAUAAUCAUUUACUGGAGAGUGAUGUUGUUUCUGUUUAUCAUUUAGAAGAUUUGUGCAACUUAAAUCAAUGGAGGUCUCACCAAGUAUUAAUUGUCUUCACUGAUCUCGUAUUGUUCCUCUCGAUCGAAGAUGAUGAUUAUUACCAUGAUAUUCUGUUCAAUAAUGAUGACUGUCAACUAUGCGUCGGCGACGUUAUCCUUGACGUAUUACAAAAUGGUGCACCCUGCAAAUUGCUUCCAUUACUACGCUUGGUUGGAUGGUGUUCAGUAGGAAGCGUAAUGCCAUUGUGUUACGGAUCGGACUUCAAGUAUUUGAAACUAUGCUUCAAUUAUUCUGACACUGCUCCCAAGCCCAAUUUGCCUUUCUCAGUCAGGUACUAUAAAAUACUUGAACCUUCUGUUUCUGGGCCUUCAAUUGUUGACACAAUGUUCAAAUGUAAAAUUUCAAGCAAGACCCAACCGUUUCAUCUUUUCAAGGAUCAAGAAAGCUCUUUCCGCGAUCCAUUCAGCAUAUACAGCGUAACACAAUGUAUUGAAAAUUACGAACUAGAGGCCAAUAAAUCUCCCUUUGCAAUUGUGCUGAAUAUGGAUUAUGAUGAGGCUUUUUUGUUUAAGUACGAUCUUUUUUGCGGAUUUUUUGUUUCAACUAUUGGUGAUGAGAUACACGUAGUUGGGGCGAGUAUCCAAGGAGAAAUAUUCAAGGUUUCUUUGAGACCUGAACAAUUAAUUACGGCAAUCUCGAAAAAGCUUAAAGAAUGGGUACCGCACAUGUUCUCAAAAGACAGCUACCAGUUGUGGAAGAAUGACUUGGAUGGAAAUAAGGCUAGGUUGCAAGCUUUCAAAUAUUGGCUAAACUUUGAUUCAACUGCAGAAAAAGCCAAAUUGUUAGCGCAAUACCAGGAGAAUAAGCUACUACCAACAUUUUUAGAAUUUGUGGAGGAGCAAUGUUACGAUGAUCGGAGGAGGGUUACAAGCUCUAAGAGUUCUUUCACGUGUAGAGCUACAAACGACGUUGACUUACCACAAAGCAAGAGUCUACUAACUGAUUUGAGGCAAAAAGUUGAUCAGAACAGUCAAGUUGACAAAUGUUCCAAAGAUUCAAAGAUGGCUUUGCAUGGGAUGUCCUCUGGUAGCACUUCGUAUCAUAGAUUGAGGAGGAAAUCGGUUAACCAUAAAGAAGACAUAAAUUCAAUGAGUACAAAAUUAGUUAGAAAUGUUAAGGGAUCAAACUCACAUUUGGAAUUUCCACUACUGGACUUUGAUCUCAUGAGAAGGAUUUCGAAGUCCGAGAAUUUAAUGACACUGGCUGCGUAUUAUCAAGUUGAAACGCAACUAAAAGAAAGCAAUUGGAAAUCAGUUUACUACAAAAAGGGAUUUGUUUCUUCGAAAGAAUCCCCCCCCCCUCCCCCAGAAGUAAGAUAUCAUCCAGUUAAGGGGCGUCAUGCUAUUUCCGGUCAAUUUCUUUUGAAGAGGGACAGUUUGAGAGUAGUAAGUGAUGGCCCCUCACAAUUUUCCACUUGCAAUAGUAAUGACAGUUCUCCUGCUUUCCGCAAUGAGCUUGAAAUUGAGUUAUUUGCAAAUGACAGGUUUACUGAGCGUUUUCAGCUCAAGUGGUGA